UAAGACGUAACACGGCUUAACACGGCACGGGUGUCUCAGUACAACACCUUCGAUCUAUCUGCUAUCUGCUCGCAACCGCUUUCGAGAAGGAGCAUGACGAUCCAGACCGCUCAGACCCGCAACCCAAACUACCCAAACUUCCAGAGGCGAAGUCGUUCAUCCUAGCAUUUCCCCCUAGGCUCCCCCAGGCUCCCCCAGCUUCCCCAGCACCUGCCCUGCUGCCAUACCUGCCAUCCAAGUGCCCAGCUAUUACUCGCAUAAUUCUCCACUGCACUGAAUGAAACCUUCCCCGGUGGUUCCAUUCUAACAUAACAUACAUACAUACAUAUAUACAUACAUAUAUUUCCCGACUUGACUCAACUCUAACCCAGGUCGGCCCUCCACUACCGUAGCUUGACUACACAACAUGUCUUCCCUCGAGGCCAAGAUCGUCGUCCUCGGCUCCCAAGGCGUGGGCAAGACAUCGCUAGUGACGCGGUACUGCAAAGGCGCCUUCAAUCCCGCCCAGAAUACUUCUACCGUUGGCGCUAGUUUUAUGACCAAGAGGGUCCUAGACGGUGACACUGACACUGUCGUCCGAUUACAGAUAUGGGAUACAGCCGGACAGGAACGAUUCCGCUCGAUAUCGCGGCUCUACUACCGCGGAGCUAACGCCUGCAUCCUCUGCUACAGUAUCACCGACGCCCAAUCCUUCGCCGAGAUGGGCGUGUGGCUAACGGAGUUACGCCGUAACCUGCCACCCGAUAUCGUUCUCCACGUAGUAGGAACCAAGGCCGACAUCGUCGCCCGCGACCCUACUCGUCGCGAAGUGCCUUUCGAACGGUGCAUAGCAUACGUCGCCGAACACCUCGCUCCAGGCCUCGGAUCGACACCACCACCAACCGCAACGCCAUCAGGACUAGCUACCCUGCCAAUAGGACCGGGGGUAAGCCAGUCGAGCGUAGUAGUCACGCCCGCCGCGUCGAGCGCCCAGGAACCGCGUAGCCCGAGUAGUAAGCGAAGCAGCGGGUUCUGGGGCCAAGAAGUUGGCUGGGAUGCGUGCCACGAGAUCAGCGCCGAAAGCGGCGAGGGCGUGGAAGAGGUAUUCCGGGUCGUAACGCGCAAGCUCGUCGAGCAGAACCGCAAGAUGCAGCAGGCUAUCUUAGCCGCCACCGCCACGCCAGGUACUCCCGGGUACGAGAACGGCAUGGAUGGGGGAUACUUCGACGGCGCGAAUCCCCGCGGUAGCUUCCGCGUCGGCAAAGACCGUCGGAGUUGGCUAUUUUCCUCCCCAAACUUCUCCCCAGCUGUUACGAUGGAAAAUCCGAAUGUGGGCGGUGCGGAGCAGCAGAGGCAAGGGGAGGAACAGGGACGGAGAGGGAGACGCUGUUGUUGAUGGCCUAGAUAUCUUAAUGGGAUUAUGGGGAACUACGAAAGGGUGGCUGGUUCUUAUUCAACGAUUAUCGUAUCAAAGGUGGCCUUCUGCGGGCAUAAGGGAUGGUAGUCUUUUUCAGAUCACCACUUGGUCUAGGCAAAAGAGGGUUCCAUGACAUUAUAUAGCCAAGGAACGGUGAUGAAAUAUCG